UUGAGGACUUCUUUUCACAAUAUCAUAGCCAUCCAACCGAAUUAUCAAAAGAUCAUACAUUCAUUGCGAACCCGCAACAAAACGGACAUCUAGUCCAUUUCAUACGUACAAUAGCCGCUUUCGACUUCACUGAGAUGCCCCAUUGGCCAACAAAUCUCAUCAUGCAGGGUGUCGGCAUCAAUUCAUCGGCGAUGCUCCCUGACCUGUCUUUAAACACGCUGAAUCAGGCCGGAGGCGACGAAAGCAAUAAAUACCCUUUGCCAACAUCAUUCGAGCCAUGGGAUUACACACAGUUGACAGAGGGUGGUACAGCCAUGGAUCCAAGUCUGCUGAGCUCUCCCACAUCUUCCAAUUUAAUAAGCGAACAGGACAAUCAAUUUCUGAUGUUCCCGAUGGACGAAUCGCCAAUCAUAUCUAACGCCUCAUUUAACAAUUCAAAUACCCAUACAAAACAACCGACUCAGUCUAUAAUCGGCAAAAAGCGAAGUACAGUCAGAAAUCAGAAGCGCAAGAGAGGGCCGCAAAAUUCCCGCCAUUGGACGGAAAAGAAAGAACAGACUAAGCAGCGUAACCGGGUGGCCGCGUCCAAAUGCCGACAGAAGAAGAGGGAAAUGGUGGACGAGCUGAAGGAACAAAGUUCAAGUCUUGAAGCGCAAAACAAUAAUCUCCAUGAUGAAUAUGAGCGGCUUCGCAAGGAGAUUGGCCAAGUGAAGUCCGAUUUGAUGCACCAUACAGAGUGCAACGAUGAUAACAUUAAUCAGUGGAUUUCGAACGAAGCCAAAACUUACGUGGAUAAGCUUGUCGAGGAUGGGGAGCGACGGCGGAUGGGGAGCCUCAGCAGCUCAGAUGCUAUUGAAGAUACCGAAAGUGCCCAAGCGGGUUUGCCCUUCGGGGUGCCAAGAACGCCGUCCAGGGACAAUCACCUGGGGUUAUGAAUAGGCAGAGAGAUGUUGGCCCAUCUCCAUGUCCUCGUUCCCAAUUCGUAUCUUCAAUCAUCCAUUCCCGCGGCAGACGGAGACGUACGCAAUUUCCUGCAAUUUUGUACUGUCAAAUAGCGGCAAAACAAAUAAAGCUCAAUAUAAUCAUGUGCGAAAAUAUUUCCAAUGGGCGAGAUGCUUGCUUCCCUUUAAGCAGAUAUUCUCAAGUCCCCGAAAAAAAUAUCCUUG